AUGGAUUCAAAAGACCCCAAAUCCUACCGAGACGUCGACCACGCCCCCGUCACCUCGGUGCUCCCGGACGGCGACGUGCCCGUGACCGACCAUGCCCUAACCUCCGAUGACGCGGUGCUGGUGGCCCUGGGCUACAGGCAGGAGUUCAAGCGCGAGUUUUCGUUGUGGACGACCUUCUGCGUUAGUUUUGCGGUUCUGGGUCUUCUGCCUUCUUUCGCGAGCACCAUGUACUAUGGCAUGGGCUAUGCGGGCACCGGCGGCAUGGUCUGGGGCUGGUUGAUUGCCAUGGUUUUCAUACAGUGUGUUGCGAUGGCGAUGGCCGAGCUGUGCUCUGCUAUGCCGACGAGUGGCGGCCUGUAUUAUGCAUCUGCGGUGCUCGCGCCUCCUGGCUACGGUCCUCUCGCCGCCUGGCUGACUGGCUGGUCGAACUGGAUCGGCCAGGUGACUGGCGCGCCCUCAGUCGACUACUCAUUAGCUGCCAUGAUCCUCGCUGCCGGCAGCAUCUCCAACCCAGACUACGUGCCCACGAACUGGCAAGUGUACCUGCUCACCGUGCUCAUCAUCAUCAUCCACACCAUCAUCAGCAGCAUGCCCACCAAGUGGAUCGCAACGUUCAACUCGUGGGGCUCCGUGUUCAACAUCCUCGCGCUCGUCAUCACCCUCAUCACCAUCCCCGCUGCCACCAGCAACAGACCCAAAUUCACUUCUGCAAGCGACGUCUGGGGCACUAUCCUCAACGGCACCGAUUUCCCAGACGGCGUCGCCAUCCUCAUGUCCUUUGUCGGCGUCAUCUGGACCAUGUCCGGCUACGACUCGCCCUUCCACUUGUCUGAGGAAUGCUCCAAUGCCAACAUCGCCUCUCCACGGGCCAUUUCGCUGACGUCGAUUAUUGGCGGGCUGUUUGGCUGGUUCUUGCAGCUGGUGGUGGCCUACACCGUGACCGAUAUCGAUGCCGUGAUGAACUCUGAUCUCGGCCAGCCAUGGGCAUCGUACCUGCUGCAGGUGCUGCCGCAAAAGACGGCCAUGGCUCUCCUGGCGCUGACCAUUAUCUGUGGCUUUUCCAUGGGCCAGGGCUGCAUGGUAGCGGCGUCGCGCGUCACAUACGCCUAUGCGCGCGACGACUGUUUCCCGCUGUCCCGGGUGUGGAAGCAGGUAAACCCGCAUACGCAAACGCCGGUCAAUGCGGUGAUUCUGAACGGGGGUUUGGGCAUUUUGAUGUGUCUGCUUAUCCUGGGCGGCGACACGGCUAUCGGCGCGCUGUUUAGCAUUGGCGCAAUCGCACAGUUUAUUGCCUUUGCCAUCCCGAUUGCGAUCCGCGUGUUCGUUGUUGGGGAUCGUUUCAGGCCGGGGCCCUGGAAUCUGGGCCGGUUGAGCAAGCCGGUUGGCGCCGCGGGCGCGUUGUUUGUCUUGCUGAUGCUGCCGAUACUGUGCCUGCCGAGCGUGACGGGCAGCGACUUGACGGCCGACUUGAUGAAUUGGACGUGCUUGGUGUAUGGGGCGCCGAUGCUGGCGGUGAUGGUCUGGUGGGUGGUGGAUGCUCGCAGGUGGUUCAGGGGGCCCAAGGUGAAUGUUGAGCAUUCGCUGUAUCGUGAGGAUGUUGAGGGCGUCGACGGUGUCGUUGUUCAGGAGACUGCAGCAUCAGACGCUCAAGAUCAAAAAGACAUGUCAGAUAGCAAGCCGCAGUAG